GUCGAGCCUGUCCGGGCUGCCGGAAAAAGCGGAAGCGCGCUCUUUAAAUCUCGCCUUCCCAACUUCAAGAGACGCAGACCACUUCCGGCGUAGCCAUGGCGGCUAACGCUACUACCAACCCGUCGCAGCUUCUCCCUCUAGAGCUUGUGGACAAGUGUAUAGGAUCAAGGAUUCACAUUGUGAUGAAGAGUGAUAAGGAGAUUGUUGGCACACUUCUGGGAUUUGAUGACUUUGUCAAUAUGGUACUGGAAGAUGUCACUGAGUUUGAAAUCACACCAGAAGGAAGAAGAAUUACUAAAUUAGAUCAAAUUUUGCUAAAUGGAAAUAACAUAACAAUGCUGGUUCCUGGAGGAGAAGGACCUGAAGUAUGAAUGGAUUUCCUUGACUUAUGCUAGAUUCUGUUUUGUCUUACAAUGACAACAAAAUAGAAUUUUUUUUUAAAACUUUUUAACGUUUGUAUUCUGUGAAGCCAAGUUUUCCGUUAAAGGGAAAUGCUUUGAAGAUGCAUUGUAAAUGCCUGUUUUUGUAAGUUAAUCAUGAUUAUGUUGGAAAAAGAAGAACAGUUUGUUCUUUGAAGACAAAAAUAAAGGUGUUUUUGUUAACCGUCA